GUAAGAUUUAAUUUUCAUAAUGUUGGAAUACACAUAUACGAAAUGAUAUACGGCGAGAUGCAUAGUUGACUAAAGAAUAGACUCCUCCAUUAUCUUCCACCUCAUUAAUAUGUUGAAGCAAUUUCAUAAACACUUUCUAACUAAAAUGUGAAAAACCUAUGUACCCUUCAUUAUACUAGAUUCAUUCUUUCUCUCAAAAAUUUCAUUUGAUCAUUUGAAGCUAGCUAUACCUCCAUAUCCCAAUGUUAGAAAAAUUCCAAUUCCAGUUCAACAAAUCCAAUAAAUUUUCUCCUACGAACACACUCCAUUCACUUCGACUCUUCUUUUUCAAAUGCUCGCAUCUCUUCAUAAUAUUCCUUCUCUUCCAAAUCUAUUUCCUACGUUUCAUUCUCCACUCUCCAACACCACCUGCAUCUGUUCAACCUCUCGAGCCCACGAUAUGCGAGCAUGGCCUCGUAUACGUAUACGACCUCCCGCCCACGUUCAACAACGAGCUGCUCAACAACUGCCGCGAUUUAGACCCAUGGCACUCGCGCUGCAACGCCAUCUCCAACGGCGGGCUAGGGCCCAGAGCCACCACCAUCGCCGCUGUGCCGGAAAGCCUCUCUCCGUCGUGGUAUUGGACCGACAUGUUCGCGGGCGAGGUCAUCUACCAUGCAAGAAUCCUGAAGCACGAGUGCAGGACCACGGAGCCGGAAUCCGCUACGGCGUUCUACAUCCCGUUCUACGCUGGGGUCGCAGUGGCCAAGUACUUGUUCACAAACUACACCGCCAAAGACCGCGACCGCCACUGCCAGGAGCUGCUGACGUGGCUCCAGGGUCAGCCGCCGUGGAGGAGAUCCAACGGUUCUGAUCACUUCAUCCUCCUCGGGAGGAUGACGUGGGACUUCCGACGGUCGAGAGACGAAGAGUGGGGGUCCAGCUUCAUCUACAUGCCGUUGAUGAAACGAAUCUUGCGGCUCGCCGUGGAGAGGGAUCCGUGGGACCAGCACGAGGUCAGUGUGCCCUACCCCACCGGAUUCCACCCCAAGUCAAAGUUCGAGGUUGACCAAUGGCUAGAUUUUGUGAGGACUCGUAAUAGGACAAGCUUGUUCACAUUUGUAGGGGGCAAGCGCGAGAUGAAGGGCGAUUUUAGGGCGAUAUUGUUGAGCCAUUGCUACAACGAGUCGAGCUCGUGCCGUGUGGUCGACUGCUCAGGGACCCGGUGCUACGACGGCACGUCGGAGAUCCAAGAGGCGUUCUUGGACUCGGACUUCUGCUUGCAGCCUAGGGGCGACGCGUACACUAGAAGAUCGACCUUUGAUUGCAUGCUGGCCGGUUCGAUCCCGGUUUUCUUUUGGAAAAGAAGUAUCGAUCGUCAAUAUGAGUGGUUCUUGGGUGAUGAACCGGAUAGGUUUUCGGUGUUUAUAGAUAGCAGGGAUGUGAGGAAUGGUGUGUCGAUUAGAAAAGUGUUGGAAGGGUAUAGUAGGGAAGAAGUGAGAAGGAUGAGAGAGAAGGUUAUUAGUUUGAUACCGAGUUUUAUUUAUGGUGAUGGAAUGGGGAGUAGUAAAGAUGCGUUUGAUAUUGCUAUUGAUGGAGUGCUUAAGAGAUUCAAGGAUCAAAACAGGUUCAACACAAGACAGAAGCCCUUUUUGUGAUACAUGAAUAUGAUAGGUAUGAAUCAAGAAUGAAGAAGCUGAGUUUAUCCAAUGCACAUGCGCAUCUCGAAUUAAAUUUCUUCAGUCAUUAAAAAGAGGAAGAAUGUAUGGCGUGAGAAAGAAGGUCAAUUCAUGAUACUUAAUUAAUUAGAAAUUGUCAAAGGUGCAUGAUCAGCUGGCUAGCGAUUCAAACAUCACAAGUUGAAUGGCGAUUGUGUUGAAAUAGCAGUCGAAAGAGAGGUAUCUAGUUCAAGUAAGAUUAACGCCCAUUUCUCUUUUCUUUCCGAAUUCACCUGACUUUUUUAUUGUGACAAAAUUCUAGCUCUUGUAUUUGCAAUAAAGAGAUUUGAUUUCAUUC